GUAGGCGGAUCCAUCAGUCUUUAAACACACACACACACACACACACACACACACACUCUCUCUGUCUGUCAGUGAAUGUCUGAGCUCUCACACACAUCCACAUCAUCUGAUCGGACCGGACUCGAGUGUUUCUCACGGUGGAGAUGACGGCGUCGCCACGGUGACUCUAUCAGCUCUGUGAUUGGCUCGUUCUGCUUGUGUUGUCAUGGCGAAGAGUCCAGAGGUGAAGCUGGCCGUGUUCGGCAGAGCAGGAGUGGGGAAGUCAGCUCUGGUGGUUCGGUUCCUGACGAAGCGUUUCAUCUGGGAGUACGACCCUACGCUCGAGUCCACCUACCGCCAUCAGGCCGUUAUUGACGACGAGACGGUCAGCAUGGAGAUUCUGGACACAGCUGGACAGGAGGACGUCCUGCAGAAGGAGGGUCACAUGCGCUGGGGCGACGGCUUCAUCCUGGUCUAUGACAUCACGGACCGCGGGAGCUUCGAGGACGUGGCUCCCCUGAAGGGCCUCCUGGACGAGGUCAAGCGGCCCAAACACGUGCCGCUGGUGCUGCUGGGAAACAAGGCGGAUCUGGAGCACGGCCGGCAGGUGGCCACGGAGGAGGGCGAGCGUCUGGCGGCCGACAUGGCCUGCGCCUUCUACGAGUGCUCGGCGUGCACGGAUCAGGUGGGCACGGGCGGAGGCGUGGCCGAGGCGUUUCACGAGCUGUGCAGGGAGAUCCGCCGCAGACGCGCCGUCCAGGGCAAGACCCGCCGCCGCAGCUCCACCACACACGUCAAACAGGCCAUCAACAAGAUGCUGACCAAGAUCAGCAGCUAAAACACCAGCUGCAAAACAUCAGCUUCAUCCUCGACGUCUAAACACUCUUAAAUCAAGAGACAUUUACUGGAGAAAUGAGUUUCCCUGAAAACUGUUUGUGCUGAAAACUCAAUAUCUGACAAUAGAGUCAGAGAAAAAAACACUCCAGUGAGGUUCAUCAGUGAACAUGAAUCCUGAAUCUUUCUUAAUACUAGUUAAUGUUAAUUUUAAGUUGUAAAUGUUAAUAUUAUUAAAUGGACCUGAGCUAAAAUAAAAUCAUGACAUACUCAUAAUUAUGAGAUGAAAAACUUGGAAUUGUCAUAAAAAGUCAAAAUUAUAACAAAAUAAAUCUUAAGUAUGAGAUCAAAAAGUCAAAAUAUGACAAUUAUGAUUUACAAAAGUGUGAUUUUUUUCGGGCUUCUAUAUAAUCUUAGUUAAUGUUUAUUUCAACAUUUACUAAUACAUUAUUAAAAUCAAAAGUUGUCUGAUACAUAUUAAUAUUGUUUAUUGACACUUUUUGAGCCAAAAUUUCAACUUAGUAUCAGUGUCAUAAUUUCAAUUUAUGUCAUAAUUAUUUCUUUUUUAGUCAUAAUUUUCACUUUUCCUCUCAUAAUUAUGACUUUGAAUGGCAUCAUCUCUGCUUUUUAAUGGCCAAAAUUUUGACUUAGUAUCAAAAUGUCAUAAUUUUCAAUUUUCAAUGGCAUAAGUAUGACUUUUUAAGCCAAAAUUACGACAUUAAUGUC